CUUCCCCCAACUCCUCACAAGUAGUCGACAUAUUUCUGGUGCCUCCUCGUCUCAGCCUUCGUGACUUUUGAGUCGACUCAAAAGUCGCCUUAUAUUUCCUCGCAUUCUGUUCUCACGUGCCGUCGUUACUUCAUGCUGACUGCCGUUAGCCGCCUCCUACUACUGACCGAACCGUCAUAUAAAUCUCACAGCUGUUGACCCUGCUUCGCCAACGAACCAAGUCGCCUGCACGCGCGUUUGCACUCAGCACGUGCCGCCAUGGCGCUCCGGCAGACAGCGUGCCUACCGCCGCUAUCCGCACUGCCGUCCUACCCUAUCGCCGGGACAUCUCUAAAGACACGAGGAGCGCGGAGAGGCGUUCCGUCCAGCUUGCAUCUGGUUGGCCGUAGCUUUCAGCAGAACGGCUGUGAGAGGAGCUUUGCGCCUUCCCACGCGACCUCUCACAGAGCUCUCACAUCCACCGGCAAAUGCCGCCCGGGCGCGCUGGCCGCCACGUGGAGCGGAGAAGAGUCGCAACGCCACGUCAUCCACGAGGCAGCCGUGCCGCGGAACGGCAUGCGAGCUACUAGACGCGUGAAGCGACCCACGUGGCGAGCACACGCCACACCCUCCUCCUCCUCGUCCUCCUCUUCCUCGUCCUCUCCCACCCCCUCGUCCUCCUCCGCGCCUCUCUCGCUCUACGGCGAAGACAGUGAAGACAUGUCCUCGCCGCGCUCCAUAGCUGCUGGUCUGCACCGCCGCUACCGCGCCGUCGUUGACAGUGGCUACCGCGACCACCUCAAGGAGUUUGCGAGAGCAGCGGUGGCAGCGUAUGCCGUGGGGUGCACGGAGGAGGGGCUAAGGCGGGAGCUCACUGCGCUGCUCACACCCACACUAAAAGCCGCAUCUCCUCCAACAGUACCUGCUGGCGCUGCCGCCUCGCCACCAGCAACGUUAGAAAGAAUAGAAAGAGUAGAAGCAGUAGGACUACCAGCAACGGCAGCAGAGGAAAGGGACGUGUCGUCCCUAUCCUUCCCUCCCUCUGUGACUUCCGCAACCAUUUCCACGGAAUUGAGACAGGAGGUGCACGAGUGUGUGCUGUGGGUGGCCAUAGUGUUUGUGACCAUAGCGGUGCUGCCGCAGCCUGUGAUCACGCGCUGGGCGCUCUCCAAGGCCGCCUCGCCCGACUCGCACGUGCAGUGGCAGGGCUUCUGCUCGCUCAUCGCCAACGCCUACUACACGCAAGGCAUGGCCUGGUACUCGGUGGGGCGGCUGCAGAUGGAGCAGAUGGCGGUUGCGGGCGUGGCGGAGCCGGCCGCGGUGGUGGCGGACAGAAUGCGCCUCGUCUUCACCACCCUCGAGGUCGUGGACCCCCGAUGGGGCGGGCUGCAGGACUUCCCCACGCUCUGAUUAUCUCACGCCUCAUUGGCCAUCAAGGUGACCCGCCAGCCGCUUUGGGGUCUGGGCAACGAGUCUUAUGUGCAGUGAAGCCACCACAGGCUGCACGCCUUUGCUCUGCAAAGCUCUGUUGGGUGGGAGCUUCUAGAUUGUCUGUACCGGGCACGCACUCUUCUGCCUUCCAGGGCAAGCUGGGCUGGAGCCAUGUACCGUAGAUAUAAUUGGAUGACACUUCUCUUGAAAGAGCCUAGGAUGACAGUGCGUUGUUAGUUACGUAUCUACAGUAAAUGAGGUUCUUGGAA